AUGAGAGGUUUUCUUUCUUCUCUCUGCCCUGGGCGGGGCAUUGAAUGCGCAGAUCUACACGUCCUUGGCGCUGGCAGCGAAGAACAGGAGGCACUGGCUAUGGAUCUCGAGCAAAUCACUGCUGCUGGAUCGAGAAAAAGCUGCAAGGUACUACUGCUUGGCUGUGAUUCGUGCUAGCCGCUGCGCCGGUCACGCGUUCCAGCGUUCCAAUCCAUGGCCGCCGUUCCCGUCGUCGUCAUCUAGAGGCGAGAUUCGUGCGAGAUUGGUGAUUUUGGGGUUUCUGGGGCCGCGAAUCCUCUCAGCCAUGCCGGAUUGGCACGAGAAUUUCGAGAACAAGCACUGCCGGAUGCUCUCGGCGCCGCUCAUGAUCUUCCUCGUCGAUCCCUUCGACAGCUUGCCGGAUUCUCUGCUGCUGCUCAUCUUCAACAAGGUAUCGGACGUGAAAUCGCUGGGGCGGUGCUGCGCGGUCUCUAAGAGGUUCUAUUCUCUCGCUAGAACGGUGGAUAAUGUGGUGGUAAAGGUGGACUGUGUGAUCUCCGGGGACGAGGCUGGCCAUCUAAGCGCUCGAGGCAAAGGCUUCUUUGGUCACUUGCUAAAAUUCUUUGGGAGUAUGGUCCGGCCACUCCAAGCUCUUCAACACUUGCUAGUCCCAAAGAGAGCUUUGGUUGCUUCCACCUCCGCCGCAACCACUGCCGCCGCCGACGUCUCACACCACUCUCCCGGGGAAGUCCUCAAGAACUUUAGAGACUUGGAGCACUUGAGAAUCGAGCUCCCGGGUGGUGAGCUCGAGAUCGAGGAUGGUUUUCUGCUCAAGUGGAAGGCCAGGUAUGGGAGCACUCUCGAGAGCUGCGUCAUCCUGGGUGCCUCGGCGCUGAUCAACAGCGGCGAUCAAAGUAGUAGCAGGAAGAACUCGACCAGGACGUCGUCCUCCUGGCUAAGUAGUGCUGCUCAAAGGAGAAGCUCCGACACGCAGAGCUCGUCGCCACCACCACCACCACCAGCAGCGGCGGAAGACGAUGGAAACCUUCCAGACGCCGACGGUGGCUUCAAGCUCCGGGUGGUGUGGACGAUAAGCUCGCUCAUCGCUGCGUCGGGGCGACACUAUCUCCUCCAAAACAUCAUCGCCGAGCACCCGAGCUUGCAAAGCUUGGUUCUCACGGACGCCGAUGGCCAGGGCAUGCUUUGCAUGGACAAGGAACAGCUCCAGCAAUCCCGGGACAAGCCGCUGCCGCCAUCUUCGGCCUCCUCCAACCGGACUCAAGUUCCAAGCCUCAACGUCAAGUUGUGGUACGCUCCACACAUCGAGCUUCCCGGUGGUGUUGCUCUCAAAGGAGCUACGUUGGUUUCGAUACGUCCCAGCGGCGAUGGUAGCGGCGGCGGUGGUGGCGGCGAUGGGGAUGGGAAUCAUAGAGUAGAGGUGGAAGCGUUUGAGCAGCCCUUUCAAACAGCCGCGGAAGAACUGGUCAAGCGCAGGACUUACUUGCUGGAGAUGAAAUCGUUUUGAGCGGAAGAAGAGUGCAAGUGGUGGUCUCUUAAUGAGAGCGAGCUAAAGGGGUCUCUCUCUCGCUCUACUCAUGGCUGGAUUUUAAUGCGUUGUUCGUUCGUUCGUUGGUUCGUUUCUUGUGUAUAACGGAUAUUUGCUUGCAACUCUUUCAUUCUGGCUCUUUUUCCAGUUACGUGGCAGGGCAAGUUAGAGAGAGCUUUCUUUCCUUUUCCCAGCGCCAGUCAAGCUCUGUCAACGUCUGUCAAUUUUGUGGUCAAUGUCCGUCUGUGGGACUGGGAAGGGACCACGGCUUGGCAUAUGAUGUUGAAACUAACUUAAUUUUUAAUAGAUAUUUGAUCUCUUUUAA